CAUUCAGUUCGGUCCGGCGCCUCCGAAGCCCAGGGAUUUUUCUCAAUUUCCCAAAGGGCUGGACACCAUCUUUUUGAGGCUAAAUCUUACCCAUAUUCUUUCCGAAAUGGAGGCAAAAAUGGGUGUGGGUGACCCUAGCAGAUGGCAAACUGCAGUUUGAGAACAAGUGGGGGGUUCUUAUCCGGCGGCGGGUUAUGCCGAUUCUGAACGAGGGAACCGAGUAUGCUGCCAACCUUAUCGCCGAGGGCUCGCCCUUUUGGAUGGGCCAUUAUGUUAGUGAGGAUGGGUUGGUUAUGCUUACAUUUUCAUCAGGGGGUGAGAAGAUGACUUCCAGGCUUGAGCGGUUGGCUGCAAAGGCUGGCUCAACACCAGGGGCCUUGGUUAGGAAGGUCCAAACCCGAGGUUCCAUAGAAGCCGCCCUUGGGAAGUCUGGAGGGGGACCACAAAGAGAUGGCACUGCGACUCUUGCAGCGCCGGCUGCAGACCUCCGUCCUCCUUUGAGGAGGGGGCCGGGAAGAGGCUGACAUCCAGCCCAUCUCCUUGCCGAAAGGGAAGAAGUCCCGAGCUGCGAAGAAUCCUGCUCAAGCUGUUAUUGAGCUAGACUCUGAUUCUGAGAGUCGGCCCUUUGAAGGUGGCAGUCGGGGGGACGCCCCGAGACCUAUCCAUAAAAUCUGUUUGUCUCUCUAUGCUGAUUCUGCCUCUCUGUUUUGUUAGACAGUCAACCCAGUCUCCUUGGCCUUAGUUAUCACUCCUCCGGUGGACGCAGCUAAGGCUGGUAGCCUUUCUCCUCGAGCGUCUCUCUGGCGCGUUGUCCACUGCAUCUCUUAGGCAUUUGUGCUAGCCGCCUCCAGCUCACGCCGGUUAGAUGGGGAGCAAGAAGAGGCCCAGAGUCACGCCAGUUAACACAAGAAGGUGGUAGCUGACCUGGAGUCAUCCCUGGAUGCCGCGCUGAGGGAAGCUAAGGAGCUGAGGAGGAAGCUGGAUGAUGUUGUUACCGGUCACCGGGCCAUUGAGGAGGAGCUGAGAAAGAAGGCGGAUGUAGCUGGCCCAGAUGCGGUCCAAGUUUUCCGGAGCAGUGAAGCUUUCCGAGAGGAGGUGGAGCAGGUAAUCCCUGAAGGGGAGGUAAAGCUAGAUGAGGAGGGGGCACUUUGCUUCCAGCUUGGCCGAUAUGGGAUGUAAAAGGACAUAUACGAAGCCCUGCUAUUGAAGGACCCCUCCUUUGAUGCUCUGCAUGGGGCUUGCCUGAAUUGAUAACCAAUCAUGAAGUCCCCCAAGACUGUCCCCACCCCGGAAGAUCCUCCUUCCUAGACUGGUACUAAAGGUAAGGCUAAGGCCUAGGAAGAUGGUGAAGGAGUGGAAUGCGUGCCAAGAUGAGUUAACGGGAACGACCUUGGCGGCUUCUAGCUAGAUAUUAUUUUGUUUUCAGUAUUUCAGUGUUAUAAUAAAGUGAUAAAUAUUACUUUAUUUUUAUUUGAGGAUUUGAAGUUCAGUAAAUUCCUGGAUCUAGGUGGUUAUCACAUUUGCUAGUGAUAACUAGAUUUUAUUGAGUUUUUACCAAGAGUUAUAUUUUAGUUAUAUUUGAGAUUUUAUCAGAGUUAUUUUCUUAAACAAA